AUGUCGAUAGUUAGACAGCUAUAUCCGGAUAUAAAAGCCAACCAAAUUUAUUUUGGUGACAACACUUGUCGAGGGAAACUGGUUGGAGAUAAUUUAGUAUUUCUUCAGGGAUUGAGAGACUGCCUUACAGCCGAACGGAUAUCAGGAAACACGAUAUUAUACGAAAAUGAACUAUUCUAUGCAAUCUCCGACCCCAUACAUCCAUUCAUCAUACGACAGUACAAAUGGAAAUACGGUGUUGAGUGUGACAUCAGUCGUAAUGAGGCUACGUCAUCGCACGUGCAUCACAACGUCGAAUCACACCAUUCUGUAGUAUCUGGUCAUUACAGUAUAAACUUGACAUUUUUCAAAGAUCCGAGCUUUAUGAAUCAGCUUCCUGGAAAUCCUGUACAAACGAAUGUGGGUGAUGACGUCUAUGUUAAGGUUUUCACAACGGCAACCGACUGGAAUAUUAAAAUGAGGCUGCAUACGUGUUACACGAAACCGACGGAGGCUGCAGCAAAUAUGGUGUACUACAUAAUCAAGGAUGGAUGCGAAGUAGACAGUAAUACUCAUAUUAUGUCCCAGUCAACACACGAGACGAGAUUCGUGUUUCAAGAUUUUGUGUAUUUCUCAAACAGAGAAGGUCUCAACAUCCACUGCAAUGCCACGUUUUGUGAAACAAAAGACUUUUCUCCAGGAUGUACACAAUCUUGCAUAUCCCACGAGAAUCAAGCUCUUAUUGGAAAAUAGGCCCCGAUUGCAUACAUGCGUCAAAUGUUGCAAUGUUAUUAUGAAAGAGUAUAUCCUCUACAUAUAAGACUUAUUCAGAUCACAAGAUAAAUGUUAGAAAAUCAGAACGUUUUAAAUAUUUGAAAGCUUAUUUCCACGUUGCCAAGACAAACGAACUUACAGUAUAUGAUCUGUGUUGUAUUUACCUAUGUUAUACCUUAGCAAAGGAAAACGGUUAUGCAGUUUCCAUUUGAGUUUUAAUUUAAUUUAUUCAGUGUUAAGUGAGAAUGUCUCUAAACGUUAUCAGGUCCAAAGUAUUUAAUCCAAAAUAAAAAUUUCUGAUAAAAAUAUAUUGUUAAGGAGCAAUAAAGAUCGUUAUAUUCAACUUACUCUGAAAAGAAUUUCAGUAAAAGUCUCUUCUGAAACUAAGCAACUGAAGUAGCUUUACAAAAGGCGUCUGUUCUUGUAAACAUUCAGUACAACGAUUUUGUUUGAUAUUAUUUGUCAAUAUUACAUAAUCACCCAUACAAUAUACAUUCACUAUUUAACAAUUUUAUGCAUCUUACUACGAAUUUAUCCGAAACAAGCUAUACAAAAAACACUCUUGCAAUAAAUUUCAUAUUGCUUAUAAUGCAUUUAUGAUUUUUUUUCAAGUGUUACGGGAAAUAUAUUCGUAAUGAAAUUUUAAUAAAAGCGAAUGAUGUAGCAAUCAUUUCAUUCAUUUUAUGAACUGUACCCAUUUUUAAUAAGCAACAAAGUAAACCUGAAUUAGUGUUCAAAUAUAAUAAGGAUACGGGGAAAAAUAUCUAUCGAUCUGUCUGUUUGUCUGUCUGUCUGUCCAUCUGUGUGUCUGUCACAAAUCUUGUCCGCGCACUAAGUCAAACAUUUCUCAUUCGAUCUUCACCAAACUAGAAUUAAAUGUGCUUGACCAUAAGUCCUCGGCCAAGGUCGAUGACCAGCCAAAUCGGCCCAGGCACUUCGGUAAUAUGGUCAUUGAAUAACCGAAAAUCGGCCUUUUUACUCUCGUCUGCGCUCUAAGUCAAACAUUUCUCAUCUGAUCUUCAUCAAACUAAAACAAAAUGUGUUUGACUAUAAGUUCUCGACCAAGUUCGAUAACUAGCCAAAUCGGCCAAGACACUUCGGAAUUAUGGCCCUUGAAUACCGAAAAUCGGUAUUUUUAGUUUUGUCAAGCGAUCAAAGUCGAACAGUUCUCAUCCGAUCUUUACCAAACUUGAACCAAAUGGUUUUGACCUUAACCCCUCGGCCAAGUUCAUUUACUAGCCAAAUCACCACAGGCACUUCAGAAUUAUGGCCCUUCAGUUACCCAAAAUCAACCCGCCCGCUUAGCUCAGAAGGUAGAGCGUCGGUCUACGGAUCGCGGGAUCGUGAGUUCGAUCCUCGGGCGGGGCGUAUGUUCUCCGUGACUAUUUCAUAAACGGCAUUGUUUCUGCAAUCAU